AGAGCCUAAUUCAACAUUUCCGCUUGACUCUUCUUUUGGCACAUGAAGGUCAAGUGACUAUCAUGCAAGACCCGGUCUGCGUUACUCUAGCCCGGCCGAAAGUUCGUGUUGCAGCCAUGAGCUCCCUGACAUGUGGCACAAGUUUAAAUGGCAUUCCCAAGCUCGCCCCUUUGGGCCAUCGGAACCUUACUAACAUGAUAUUUGGUGCUGAUGGUGCAAAUUACCUAGCCUGACCGUUACUGCAUCGCAUUCGUCGUGGCCGCAUAAUCUAGGCGAACUCUGUGUGGCGUCUCACUCAAGCUUCGCCAUACAUGAAAUCACCACGACCUCUGUCUUAAAUCAAGAACCUGUUGAGCGCUUUGUUCCAGUCGCUCCUCUGGCUUUCCUUGAUACUCGACUUUUUCUGCAGUUCGACGAGAGGUUGUAGUGGUCAGGAUGAAUCGCUUCAGGACAAAGAAGAAGGCGAAAGACGACCUCGCCGCCGGUCGUUCAAGCGAAGACUCGGAGCAAUCGUCGCUCUCAUUCUUCCGGAAGGGCAAGAAGGCGCAGCAGGAGGAGGUUAAGAAGGAGUUUGACCUCUCCAAUGCUCUUCCGUCGAAUGAUGAUUUCCGCACCAGUCUGUUGAUGAAUAACUUGUCGGCACGGUUUUCCAUGCUGAGGGAACAGGACGACCCGAAUACCAAGAUCGGCAAGGCGAGCGAUGACAGCGUGCUCUAUCCAAAACGACAGUCUCGGUUAGCCGACUUCGGCUUUUCCGGGAGUGGUGGUGGCUUAUCCGACAUCGCCGAGGUCGAGUCUAUCAGGGGUCCGAAUUUCCUUCGCACGACGUCGGUGGCAUCUGACGAUCCAGAAUCUGGAAAUGGCGGAAGCGUCAUGGCCCGUUCCAAGCCGACAGAAGGCAAUGUCCUGUUCGGCGGGAGGCAGAAAAUAUACAAGAUUCCAGCGGGCUCGGGCGGCGGCUUGACCGGGCGAGCCCUUUACGACGAUGAUGUUGCAUUGUCGGCCUUUCAGCGCUGGAGGCAGGCGGAAAAGGAGCGGUCGGUGGACGGUCAGAUUAACGUAGGUUCUGAGGGGCCAGGAGAAGGGACUGAGCCCUCUCGGUCGGAGUCGCCCCCCCCUGUUGGGUACAACCGCAAGCGUGAAACAUCAUCUACUACCUCGUCGGCUUCGACCAUGGCCCGCAACUCUACGGCGGCCACAUCCAUCACUUCACAAGCAACCAAUGCCGCCAAAGACACAAAUUCGCUCUCGAGCAUGCCAGCAUCGGGCACUUCAUCAACCAUCCCCGAGCGCAGCGUUGCCCGGACUCGACGACUGUACGAACAAGGUCUCGGUCAGGACAAGCAAGAGCAUCAGGGCUCUGUGUUAUCGCGGAUCGAGAGCUUGACUCGCCAACGCUUGAAUGCCACCUUUCAGACCGACGCUCCCGCCGACCGCUAUGCCAGCAGCAACCGCGCUCUUCUAGGAAAGGCCAGUGCACCAAAUCUCAGGUCGGCGAGUCCGACCGUGCCCAGCGGGCCGAUUGGCGUAUCGGGCUUGGGAGUCAAAGUCGAAACAGACACCAAGCCCAACCAGGGUAGCCUGCCUCCUUUGAGCCCGCCAGUCAGCGAAACGGGUGAACAGCCAAUCCUGCCCAUUCUUCCCAAGGAUGUGGGGAAGGCAACGGCAAUGGGCUUGUUCCAAAAGCCGCCAGGUCCCUAUGACGAGUCCCAAUAUGUUCAACGGCAGCUUCAGCUUCAACAGGGCCGGGAAACGCCGACCCAGAUGCACAGGGCAGGUUCUAAUGGCACGAGCAGUUCGCAUUCUCAGAACGACGGGACUAAGGUCACGGCUGCUGGAGCCCGGUCAGAAGCAGAAGAUGCUAGGCUACCUCCAACCCCUGUCACCGACAUCGAAACUCCACAGCCAACUGCUAUCAAUGUGGAAGGACUUCCAGCCCCGCCUGAGGUCAAUGUCGAACGGCCUUCUGACAAUGAUCACCCGGCGUUCAGGCAAUCUGCCGUGCCGGCAUCUCUUUCGAUGGGCGUCUCGCCUAGUCCGACGCCGGCAAUUUCGAUAGAGAACUCUCAGCAACCAUCGCCCGAGGACUCGCCGACGCUAGGUCCGGCUGCGGGGCUGAGCGGGCUGGUUCGUCAGCAUCUCCGUACCGAAAGCAUCGAGUCCUCGGUGAGUGGCGCCGGGUUCGAUGUUCCAGGGCCAGGAUCCCGGUUUAAUCUCGACUUGAGCGAGCCAUCAACGGUCGCCGAGUCGGGUCCUACGUCGAACCCAUGGUUCUCGUCAGGGCGAGAUUGGAAUAGACCCCCUUAUGACAACCCUCUUGAGUCUUCGGGAAGGAGAGAGGAGGAGAUGCAAUCUAUGCGUGAUACAUCUUACUCCGGUGUGGGGGACCGGUCUAGCACCGCCACAGAGGAUGAAACGGUCGAGUUCGCCAACCAGUUGGCGGACGCUCGCCGUCGCGUCAGGGAGAAGUUGACUUCGUAUGUCGAAUCGGACAGUAGUAGGGCUGGAUCACCGCAACUAUUGGCAGCAGACUCUCCAAGUCUUUCAGCACAGUCGCUGAACCCGUUGGGAAUUCUGAAGCAGAAGUCAAGCCGUGGGUCGCUCGUUGACCGAUCACGCAACGUCGUACCAGGACAAUCGAAAGGGUUGAAGGUAUUAGGACUUGGAUCAGCAACGAUGAGCACCUCGCCACAGCUCGGUAAACAAUCCUUCGAUGAGAAGGACCAUCCUCCUCUGGAGACGAUGAAGGAGGACGUUUUCAGGGGCAACGCAGCGCAGGCGAAUCCCAACAUGCGUGAUGCGGACAUUUCAGGUGAAGGAAACUCAACGAGGGAUGAGCAUGAUGAUGACAGCAACGCUCACCCCGGUUUGAGAGCCUUCAGACAGGCACGGCGUGAGCUGCAAAGGCGAAAGGAGCUUGAGACACUAGCCCGUCACCAAGCUUCGCAGACGUCACAGUCUCCGGAUCAGGCGCUCGACCAGGCAACGGAGAUGCGUCCCCCAGCGCGGGCAGAGCGAGGGCCGCGACAACGUACUCCGAGCGGAGAGAGAAGGCCCCCUCCCGUCACGUAUAGACAUCGGCACCCAAGUGACGAGCAAGGGUACGGCUCACCGGAUGCGGUGAGGCCGUCAGGGGAGCGUUCGAGGAGUGGUUCGGAAACAAGCGCCGGCCGUUCGGCCAGUCGUCCGCCCCCGCCCCGGUUGAGGACCAACACCAACACGCAUGAUCAGCUUGGGCCGCCGGGGAGCGGGCGACCUAUGAUACGUUCUCCCGGUCUGCCUGGGACCGAUAUCAAAGGCUCACCUAUGAUGCCGCCCUAUCCGUAUCCCGGCCGGGGCGUCCCUUCGCCUGCGCCUUCGCCUCAUCUUGCUCUUCACAGCGGGCGACCGGGUUUCGACACGCCCUCGGCGCAGCCAUCCCCGAUUUCCCCAAUCGGACUACCAUCUCCAUCACCCUACGCCAUGGGCCCCGCGGGAUCGCCAGUCGGUACUCCCACCUCGGCGGGACCGCGUCCUCGACAAGCAUCAUCAGCAGCCCAAUCGCCGGCCUUGGGACCUGCCAAUGGUGGCAUGUCAGGGCCCCUGAAGCGACCUGUUGACAAGAGAGAGAUCUCUGAGCCCACGUUUGUGAUGUCGACGAGCCGAGUCCCGGCGACGACCUUGCCGCACCAUCCUCCGCCUCCACAAUAUCCGCCCCCGCCGCAACAGCCUCCUCCGAUGGUCCCAGGUAUGGGUGAUGGGCCCAAUCCGUACGGCGGGCCCAGAUCUCGGUCGAACAGCCGCGGGGGUGCGCCUCCAGUACCGCCCAUCAAUCCUCGGCGUAGACGAGAAGAUUCGCGCACGCGAACCUCCCAGACCGAUGACGGCUCGCACAAUGUCGACUAUGAAGGCAACCGAACCGGUGUCCCGGGCGCCGAUCACGAGGGUGGCAGUCAUACAGACCAACGCCAACGGCUGCGGAAACCCCAUCCGGAGAUACAGGCGCCUGGCCCGAGGCCUUUGCCUGGGAGGAUGAGGGACAACGGUCCGCAAUUUGUUGCCAAGGGGCCACCAGCUACCCGGAGCGUGGCGAUGUCCAACACGGGGGCCAAUCAUGGCAUGGGCAUGCCGGGCGGUAUGAUCUGAAAGCGGCUUCAAACGAGCUAAUCUUCACCCCAGUUAUACACUUAUUUCCCUUUUAAUCAGAGAGGCCUUCCUGUCCACUUGUUCUGCUUGUUCCCUAAAAUCGGCUUUCUACACUUCGAAGGGUUAUCGGCGCGGCGCGGGAGUGCAGGCACGGCCAUUGAUCACCAUAUGAGGCUUAUGAAUUUGAGAUACCUCUUGCUGACUAUACUUCCCUUUGGUGUGGAUUACGGGUGUUGCUUUCCCUUGUUUUCUUGUCUUCAUGUCGCCUUCUCUUUUUUGGGGA